AUGAAGAGCCUUCUAUCGGUGCAAUCCCACGUUUCACACGGGUAUGUGGGCGGAAAGGCUGCCACUUUCCCUCUCCAAAUACAAGGAUGGGAUGUUGAUGUUAUCUCUACUGUUAACUUCUCCAACCAUACCGGUUAUGGUCAUACUAAAGGCUCUACUAUAUCUGUGGAAGACCUUUCUAAUAUAUUUGAUGGGUUAGAGGAUAUCGGAGUCAAAUAUGAAGGUAUUGUGUCUGGAUACAUUUCAAAUAAGGAGUUAAUUGAUUCUAUAGUGGACCGUAUUAGCGGUUUUAAAAAAGUUAAUCUCAAUAUGACAUAUUUACUAGAUCCAGUGAUGGGAGAUGAAGGUGUUCUUUAUGUGGAUAAUAACUGUGUGGAAGCGUAUCGUAAGGUUAUCGUGGGUAGUGACCUUCACCCUCCAAGUGAAUUAAUUGAUGUGAUAACACCCAAUCAAUAUGAACUAGAAUUGAUUCUUGAACUUCCAAAGUCAAUAUCUACACUUUAUGAGCUCAAGGAUGCCAUUCUUUUACUUCGGUACAAAAACCCUCAUAUAAAGCAUAUUGUAGUAACUUCUUAUCGACUUCCAUCUGAUAAAGAGAAUAUUUAUUGUGCCUUCAAUUCAUAUUCCAAUAGUGAAACUGUUGAAUAUUGUUGUGUUCCUAUUAUCCGAUCUUAUUUUACAGGAAUAGGUGAUUUAUUUCUGGCCAUUCUAAUGGAUAAACUUACAACUUGUUAUUCCCUUCCAUUAGCAGUUAAUCAAACUUUAACAGUGGUGACUCAAACACUUGAGCUUACUCACAAAUCUGGUUCUGAACAAUACCAAAGGGAAAUGGGCCACCCAUUACCUGCCAAUACUGGAGCAAAAAUCAAUCAAGAAAGUAUCAUCAAGUAUUUUGAAUUACGAAUAAUCGAUGCUCGUCAUCUUUAUGGCUAUCUGGGCUCAGGGACCUUUGAUAUCCAAACUAUUCAAUAG